AAUGCUCGACUAAUAGACCUAAUAGACUCAAAAAAAAGUGAAAAAAGAAAGGAAAUAUUAGUUAAUCAGGAAUGUGGCACGUUAGAUUAUGGCAUACAAGAGAAAUUAAAGUCACAACAGUACAAAACUAAUAUCCAAACAAGAAAAAGAAAUGCAAGCCCAAUAGAAAAGAAAAGGGAAAUCAAGAAAACCUGCAAAAAAGAAGAAGAUAUAGUCCAAGUAUUCGACACAUCUAAAAUACACAACACAGAAUCACGGCCUGUUAAAUCUACUAAUGUGGAUACCUGA